AUGGGUCAAGGCGUUGUAACGCCUACAUCACCAAACGGUGGUCCAGGUUCACCAUCAUCAUUGGCCAAAGCAAUAUCGGCGACGCCAAAGUCUGAAAUACCUGGCAAACCAGCAGGAAUGAAGCGAAGUGCAUCGAGCAGAUUCCACGAGAAGACUGUCACCGAUCUCCAACAGACUCCAAACUUCAAUGAGGUACCAUUCAACGAAAGACCAAACUUAUUGUUGAUGAAACUGAAACAGUGCUGUAGUCUGUUUGAUUUCUCGGAUAACUCUGAUUUGAUGUCCAAGAAUAUUAAGCGUGAGGCUUUGUUACAGUGCGUGGACUAUGUGACAGCGGCCAGAGAAGGCUAUACAGAGGCAGUCUACGAGGCAUUGUUUGAUAUGGUGGCCAUCAAUCUGUUCAGACCAUUGCCGCCACGUAUCAACCCCUACGGAGUGAUGUACGACCCGGAGGAGGACGAGCCCAUUCUCGAGCCAGCAUGGCUCCACAUCCAGAUUAUAUACGAGCUGUUGCUUCGAUUCAUCGAUUCGCCAAACUUCAACACGCACAUUGCCAAAGCCUAUGUGGACCAGAAGUUUGUGCUCCAGUUGCUCGAGUUGUUCGACAGUGAGGACCCUCGUGAGCGUGACUAUCUAAAGACAACAUUGCACAGGAUCUAUGGCAAGUUCAUCGCGCUGAGAGGCUUCAUCAGGACUGCCAUCAAAGACCUCUUUUGUACAUUUGUAUAUGAAUCAUUCCAGCACAAUGGAGUAUCCGAGAUAUUGGAAGUACUUGGAAGCAUCAUCAAUGGCUUUGCAGUGCCUCUGAAGGAUGAACAUAAGCAAUUCUUGGUCAAGGUGUUGCUGCCACUGCAUAGACCCAAGUCAUACUCUGUAUAUUGCUCACAUCUAGGUUAUUGUAUCACACAAUUCAUUGAGAAGGACCCUCAGCUAUCUGAUGUCAUCAUUAAGACUAUCCUGAGGCUUUGGCCCGUGGGCAACAGUCAGAAGGAGGUGUUGUUCCUGUACGAGAUCGAGGAUCUGCUCAACUCGAUGAACGAAGAGCAGUUCCUGCGCAUAUACAUCCCACUGUUCAAGCAGAUCACCAAAUGUUUCAAGUCGGAGCACUUCCAAGUGGCCGAGAGAGCCUUACUCCUCUGGAGCAACGAUCACAUCGUCUCACUCGUCGCCACAAAGAAUGUCUUGCCAACCUCACUCAGGAUGUUCUACAAGGCACUUUACGACAACUCCAACAACCAUUGGAAUAAGACCAUAAGAACACUAUCAUUCAGUUCAUUGAAGUUGUUUAGUGAUAUAGACUCUGACACAUUCAACUCGAUAUCAGAGCAAUGUAAAGAAAACAUAGUCAAAACAAACAGGGGCGCAGAGGUACAGAGGCAAGUCGUGUCAAAGCCAAUCAACAACCUACCAGACAACAGCGGCGACAAGGACAAGCCUAUAUCAAUGAUAAGAAGGAAGUCAUUGCUUCCAGUGGAUCCUUCGACAAUUGCAGCACUGUCCAAUCACAGAAGUCUGGAGGACAUUUCAAUCACAAACAAUGACUCUGAGGAGAACGAAUCAAUGUCGUCUUAUGAUUCGGACCGUGUUCCAGUGGCAAUCAGUCAGUAG